ACGAGUAACAAGCAACAAGUAAACCAAAAAAAAAAUGUCAGGACGUGGUAAAGGAGGCAAAGUCAAGGGAAAGGCAAAGUCACGCUCAAGCCGAGCUAGUCUUCAGUUCCCAGUCGGUCGUAUCCAUCGUUUGUUGCGUAAAGGAAACUACGCCGAACGUGUUGGAGCUGGUGCACCAGUGUACUUGGCUGCCGUCAUGGAAUACUUGGCUGCUGAAGUGUUGGAAUUGGCCGGUAACGCUGCCCGUGACAACAAGAAGACCCGUAUCAUCCCUCGUCACUUGCAAUUGGCCAUCCGCAACGACGAGGAGUUGAACAAAUUGCUCUCUGGUGUUACAAUCGCCCAAGGUGGUGUAUUGCCAAACAUCCAAGCCGUCUUGUUGCCAAAAAAGACCGAAAACAAAAAAGCCUAAACAUUUUCCCGUUUCAAAAGGAACAAU